ACGCAAGAGGACCGACGGAGACGUCUGCGUCAACUCGUGCUUGAAGCGGCCAGGGCGCGCGCCAAUGACGCGCUCACGUUGAAGAGCGAGGACGCUCGGCAGGAGCUCUUCGCGCCCUUCAGUCCGUCCCCAGUGGGCGUGAUCGAUGCCGUGUGGACGAAACUGGAGGACGCUCAGCUGGCGUUGACGUCGGAGGACGUUCUGGUGGACUUGGGAUGCGGAGAUGGACGCUGGCUGGUCUCCGGAGUCAAGCGCUUUGACUGCAACGCACUCGGCGUGGAGCUGGACGAGAGUUUGAUCCAGAUCCAGCAGGGGGACGUCAUGCUCGCCGACAUCUCCCAAGCCAAGCUGGUGAUCGUCUACGCGUUCGCUGAGUCGCUGCCGGGGAUUGCCCAGAGGUUGAAGGCGCAAUUGAAGCAGGAGGCCAACGUGCUGUCGGUUGGGUUCCGUGUGCCGGACUGGAAGCCGCAUUGGAGUGAGCGGGAAGGGGGACUGCGCUGGUACUUUUACAGGAUGAGCGAGUGCAGU